UUUCACCGUUUAUUGGAACUCACUCAUAUUGUCUUGUUGUGAUGUGUAAAUGACAAAUUUUGAUCAUGAUUUGUUUAUGAAUAUGGGCCCUGUUUAUAUCUUUGAGUCCUUAGGGUUUCAGUGUCAGUCAUUUUAGCAGCAAUAAUUUGGUUUUGGGUAAAUAGAAUUAAGGAUCUUUAGAUCUGAACCGUAAUUGUCAACAAACCGGGAAUGCUUGAGGUUUCGUAGUUGAGUUUUUUGCUUAAAGUUCACGAGAUCAGAGGUUUGUCACAAGAUAAGUGUUGUUAAUGAGCUUCUCGGCAGGCAAAAUUCAUUGUUGUCGGCAUUUCGGCGUGUUUAUAUGAAUUCUAGAGAAUAAAUUUUUGGGGUUAAAUUGUAGAAUUCUUGAGUAAAAAAAAAAAAGCGGAACCUUUGUGAGAAAUUUUGGGGUUUUAAUUUCGAAAAUGGGGCAUUCUGCAGCAGUAUGGGAUUAUAGAGCUGCAACUGAGAUUACAAAGGAUUGGAACGGGAUUGAUAAGAUUGUUCUUCGUAACCCUCGAGGAGCUUCGGCAAGGGUUAGCUUAUCUGGAGGACAGGUAACUUCAUGGAGAAAUGAACAAGGGGAAGAGCUUCUGUUUACCAGUAAUAAGGUGAGUUCUAAGCCACCGAAAGCUGUGCGAGGAGGAAUCCCUAUUUGUUUCCCACAGUUCCGUAAUUGCGGGUCGCUUGAGCAACAUGGAUUUGCAAGGAAUAAGAUUUGGACGAUUGAUGGAAAUCCACCACCUCUGAGUCCAAAUGAUUCCCAAGGCAAAUCCUUCGUUGACCUGUUGCUUAAACCGUCCGAAGAUCUCAAAUGCUGGCCCCAUAGCUUUGAGUUUCGCCUGAGAGUAUCGCUUGCAGCAGAUGGAAAUCUGACAUUAAUAUCACGAAUUAGGAAUGUCAACGGGAAGCCAUUUAGUUUCUCUUUUGCGUAUCAUACAUAUUUGUCAGUUUCCGACAUCAGUGAAGUGAGGAUUGAAGGGCUGGAGACACUUGACUACCUAGACAACCUUUGCCAGAAAGAACGUUUUACCGAGCAAGGCGAUGCUAUAACAUUUGAGUCCGAGGUGGAUCGAGUUUAUCUCAGUGCUCCAAACGUAGUUGCGGUACUUGAUCACGAAAGGAAAAGAACGUAUGUUGUCAGGAAGGAGGGACUGCCCGAUGUCGCGGUAUGGAAUCCCUGGGAGAAGAAAUCAAAAUCGAUGGUAGAUCUCAGAGACAGCGAAUACAAACAGAUGCUAUGCGUGAACGGAGCAGCAAUUGAGAAGCCGGUGACAUUGAAACCCGGUGAGGAGUGGACAGGGCGGUUAGAAGUGUCGGUUGUAGCAUCGACAUUGAGCAGUGAACAUUUUGAUCUGCAGAGGAUGUAGGAUGUUUUUAAUACA